ACUCCGGCUGCGACUAUCCCUGUGGAUGGCACCACCCCUGAACCCACCACCGACGAACCCGACCUCGAUGAAACCCCUGAACCAACCACCGACGGACCAACGGAAGUUCCUGUCACAACGAUUGCCUCGUCCACUGAUGCCGCCGCCAACAGUGUCGUCGAGUCUGGCAACCCGCUCAUGGCCAUGUCUCACCACGUGUCCAAAGCGUACUUGGACGCCGGUGUCGAAUGCGCCGCGUUGAACCCGUCGUCCGUGUGCCAAUCGAAGCGUCUCGCCGCCAAGUUGCAAAACGAAAUGCAGCACAUCAACUACGCCACGAUCGACAUGUCGGCAGUCUACGAACGCACCAGCACGUCGUCGUCGUCGUGGCCCUCUGUUGAGGUGGAAUCCACCACGACCGCUGGCAUCAUCGCAGCGUGUGUUCUUGCUUUCGCCGUCCUGCGCACCCAGCGCCGCCGCUCCGGUUACGUCGGCAUUCCUCAAGCCAGCGGCACCACCGAAGCUGCCCCGGCUGCCAUCAACUGGCCGUGGUACACUUCCUCCAACUAAGGUCGUGCUAUGCUCGCGCUACUACAUGUGUAAGCUUGAAAAUGGCCUUUUCCAGUUGCAGCAA